AUGUCAUCACCAAACUUUAUCGCUCAAGAACAAGCAGCUUUCGAUUAUGAAGUGUCUGAAGUUGAGAGGUGGUGGAAAAAUGAACGUUUUCGUCUUAUAAAACGUCCUUAUACCGCUGAACAGAUAGUUUCAAAGCGUGGUCUCCUUAAACAGCAAUAUGCCUCUGAUACUCAGGCAAAAAAAUUGUGGUCUUUGUUAAAACGCCACCAAAAAAAUAAGACUGCCACACAUACUUUUGGUGCCUUGGAUCCUAUCCAAGUAGCUCAAAUGGCUAAGUAUCUAGAAACCGUAUACGUAUCCGGUUGGCAAUGUUCUUCCACUGCUUCCACCUCAAAUGAACCAGGCCCAGAUCUUGCCGAUUAUCCAAUGGACACUGUUCCAAAUAAAGUUGAACAUUUAUUUAUGGCUCAGCAAUUCCAUGACAGAAAACAACGUGAGGCAAGGUUUAGUCUUUCCAAAGAACAGAGAGUAAAAACAUCCUUUGUUGAUUAUUUGCGCCCCAUUAUUGCUGAUGCUGAUACUGGUCAUGGCGGUAUCACUGCCGUCUUAAAACUCACAAAAAUGUUCGUUGAACGUGGCGCUGCAGGAAUUCACGUUGAAGAUCAAUCCCCAUCUAAUAAAAAAUGUGGCCAUAUGGGUGGAAAAGUAUUAGUGCCAAUUUCUGAACACAUAAACCGUUUAAUUGCUAUCCGUGUUCAAUUUGAUAUCAUGGGUGUCGAGAAUAUUAUUGUCUCUCGAACUGACUCUGAAGCUGCUACACUUCUCACAUCUAAUAUCGACGCUCGAGAUCAUGGAUUCAUUCUUGGUUCAACCAAUCCUAACCUUCGUCCUCUUGUAGAAGUCAUGCGAGAGGCAGAAGCAAAUGGUGUCUCGGGAAGCGAACUUUCUGCGAUAGAACAAAAAUGGACGAGUGACGCAAAAUUAAAACUUUACAAUGAUGCUGUUGUCGAUGCUAUUAAGGCAUCCAACCUUCCCAAUAAAAGUUCUUGCCUUCAAAAAUGGUCGUCACAACAUCAAGGACUUUCUCACUAUGAUGCUUCCAAAUUAGCGAAGUCGUUGGGUAUUGAUUUGUUUUGGGAUUGGGAUGCACCAAGAUCACGUGAAGGGUUAUACAGAUAUCAAGGUGGCACCAAAUGUGCUAUUAAUCGUGCUAUAGCUUAUGCCCCAUAUUGCGACUUGCUUUGGAUGGAGACGGCAAAACCAAUCCGUGCUCAAGCUCAAGAGUUCUCUGCAGGUGUUCACAAAGUGCAUCCUGAAAUGAUGUUGGCUUAUAAUUUAAGUCCUUCAUUUAACUGGGAUGCUGCUGGUAUGACGGAUGAACAAAUACGUAAUUUCAUCUCUGAUUUAGGUAAAUUGGGCUUCGUAUGGCAGUUCAAUACGCUUGGUGGAUUCCAUUCGAAUGCCCUUGGUGUGGAUACUUUUGCUAAAGAUUAUAAAGCACGCGGUAUGCUUGCGUAUGUUGAAGGAAUUCAACGAAAAGAACGUGAAUUUGGUGUCGAAACCCUUCAACAUCAGAACUGGUCCGGUGCUAAUUAUGUUGAUAAGUUAAUGUUGACAGUCACAGGUGGUGUCAAUGCAACAACUGCCAUGGGUCAAGGUGUGACCGAGGAUCAAUUCAAAAAUUAA